AUUAAAAACGAUUAUUUUGAGUUAAUUAUAUAUAGAAAAUGAAGACUGCAUUUAUGGUAGCUGAAAAGCCUUCAUUGGCUGCAUCUUUAGCAAAUAUUUUAAGUAAUGGAAAAUGUAGUUCCAGAAAAGGUUCAAAUGGAUCUUGCUCCGUUCAUGAAUGGGUUGGGCAGUUUAGAAAUGAAACUGUAAAUUUUAAAAUGACGUCUGUUUGUGGACAUGUUAUGAGUUUGGAUUUCAUUGGAAAAUAUAAUAACUGGGAUAAAGUUGAUCCUGCAGAGCUAUUUUCUUGUUCAACUGAAAAAAAAGAAGCGGUUCCAAAACUCAAAAUACCAAGUUUUCUUUUGAAAGAAGGCGGAUAUUGUGAUUAUUUGGUUUUAUGGUUAGAUUGUGAUAAAGAAGGAGAAAAUAUUUGUUUUGAAGUAAUCAAUGCCGUUCAACAGGGAGUAUCAAGAAAAUUGAGCCCAAAUGAUAUAUGGAGAGCUAAAUUUUCUGCAAUCACUGAUAAAGAUAUUAAAGCUGCUUUGGCCAACCUUAUCAAACCAAAUGAAAAUGAAGCAAAAAGUGUCGAUGCUCGUCAAGAGCUUGAUUUACGAAUUGGAUGUGCUUUUACAAGAUUUCAAACUAAAUUUUUUCAAGGAAAAUAUGGUGAUUUAGAUGCAUCGUUAAUUUCAUAUGGCCCUUGUCAAACUCCUACAUUAGGUUUUUGUGUACAAAGACACGAUGAGAUCCAAACUUUUAAACCAGAUCCAUAUUGGGUUUUGCAGGUCACGGUAAAGUCAUCCGAUGGUCAAGACGUAAUUUUAAGCUGGAGUCGCGUAAGAUCAUUUGAUAAAGAAGUAGCUAAUAUUUUUCUUAGUCAUGUUAAAGAGCAUGAUUAUGCUGUAGUGGCCAGUAUUCAGAGCACUGAAAAAUCAAAAGCAAGACCUAUAGCAUUAAACACUGUAGAAUUAAUGAGAGUUGCUAGCUCUGGAUUAGGUAUGGGACCACAUCAUGCUAUGCAGAUUGCUGAACGUCUUUAUACUCAGGGUUAUAUAAGUUAUCCUAGAACAGAAACAACAUCUUACCCCGAAAAUUUUGAAUUACUGUCAACUUUGAAACAACAACAAAACAGUUCAGAUUGGGGAGAUGAAGUACGUAAAAUUUUAAGUAGCGGAAUUAUUAAGCCUAAAAAAGGACACGAUGCUGGUGAUCAUCCUCCUAUAACUCCAAUGAAGUUGGCUAGUAGAAAUGAAUUAGAUGGAGAUUCUUGGAGGCUUUAUGAUUAUAUCACAAGACAUUUUAUCGCAACUCUUGCCCGAGAUUGCAAGUAUCUCAGCACUACGGUCAAAUUUGAAAUUGGCUUUGAGAUAUUUACAGUCACGGGACAUUCUCUGGUUGAUCCUGGCUAUACAAGUUUAUUGACUUGGCAGGCAUUGAAUAAUGAGUCACUGCCUCGAUUUACCGUAGGUGAAAAAAUUAAGAUUUUGGAUAUACGAUAUUAUAAAUUUGUUACACAACCUCCUGACUAUCUAACAGAAUCAGAAUUAAUUACUUUGAUGGAGAAACAUGGUAUAGGAACGGAUGCUUCUAUACCCGUACACAUAAAUAAUAUCUGUAUAAGAAAUUAUGUUAAUGUGGCGACAGGAAGGAAACUUAUUCCAACAUCAUUGGGCAUCGUUUUGGUUCACGGUUACCAAAAGAUUGAUCCAGAAUUGGUUCUACCGACGAUGCGUUCUGCAGUGGAGGAGCAGUUGAAUCUCAUAGCUGUGGGACGGGUUGACUUUCAUGCUGUUCUCCAACAUACCGUUGAGAUUUUCAAGCAAAAGUUUCACUAUUUUGUACAGACUAUAGAUGCGAUGGAUCAACUGUUUGAAGUUUCGUUUUCUCCGUUGUCAGCAUCUGGAAAGUCGCACUCGAGAUGUGGCAAGUGUCGGCGCUAUAUGAAAUACAUUCAAACUAAGCCAUCUCGCUUACAUUGUUCUCAUUGUAACGAAACGUAUAAUCUACCUCAGAAUGGAAAUAUUAGAAUAUAUAAGGAGCUUAAGUGUCCACUAGAUGAUUUUGAACUGCUUUCGUGGUCUACGGGUACACGCGGAAAGAGUUAUACUUUCUGUCCGUACUGCUUUAAUAAUCCACCAUUCAGGGAUAUGAAGAAAGGUUUGAGUGGAUGUAAUGCUUGUACACAUCCUACCUGCCCUCAUGGUCUGAAUUCGAAUGGUUUGUCAAGUUGUUUGGAAUGUGAGAGCGGCAUUCUAGUCUUAGAUCCCUCGGCCGCGCCAAAAUGGAAGAUCGUUUGUAAUCGAUGUGAUGUGAUCAUUCAUCUCUUCGAAAAUGCGCAUAAAGUUAUGGUUGAAGCGGACGACGUUUGUAAUUGUGGGGCUCAGUUGGUUACCGUUGAAUACAAGCAGGAUAAGAGUAAGCUACCGAAUGAGGAAACUGAGAUGACGGGUUGUGUCUUUUGCACGCCGGUGUUUACGAGUCUCGUUGAAAAGCAUCGGGCAGUCGCAUCGAAGCCGGUGGCAACGCGGGGCCGUGGCCACGGAAAAGGCCGCAACCGGGGUAAGCCUCGUCCGCCGAAAGACAAAAUGGCGCAGCUGGCUGCUUACUUCGUCUGAGGAUCUAUGCCCCGUUUUCCCAUCUGCCGAUCAUUAUGGCUAAGGAUCGACCGACAAUUUAUUUAUUUUUAGUUAUUCUCCAUCCUCUUGAAAAUAUUCAAUUAU